CGCGUGUGAUGACAAUUUGGGUUUCAGACACGAGGAAUCAGCGGUCCUCUCUCUCUCUCUCUCUCUCUCUGCCAGCCAUACUUCUCGGGAAGUGGCGCCAGCGAUGGCCGUGGAGUCCCACGGCGAAGCCGCCGCUAAGGCGGAUGCGUCGGCGGCGUCGAGCCCGUCGGUCCCCAAACCGGUUGUGACCCCAGAGGACGAGAUCCGUGCGGUGGCUCGCAAGUUCUCCGAUCAGCCCGUCCAAAACCCCGAUCCCGGUGUCUGGGCCGUCCUCACUGCCAUCUCCAAGAACGCCCGCCAGCGACCGCAGGGAAUGAAUAUUCUUUUGAGUGGGGAUGAGCACUGCUUGGGCCGAUGCGUAGAGGACACACGCUUCCAAAUCAGUGUGAUUGCCAUCAGUGCAAAUCAUUGCAAAAUAUUUAGGGACAGAGUAGCAGCUGCAGAUGCCAAGCUUGAUCCUACUUCCUUGGUUCCAGUUUUCUUGAAGGACACCAGUACGAAUGGGACAUUUCUCAACUGGACAAAGCUAAGAAAACAGUCUCCUCAAGCUAGACUUCAGCACGGGGAUAUAAUAUCAUUCAUUGCUCCUCCUCAAAAUGAUAAUUCCUAUGCAUUUGUAUACAGAGAAGUGCAUAGAUCUUCAUCUUUAGCAAAUGGUUCGGCAUUGAAAAGAAAAUCAGAGGAGUAUGAUACUGAUAGCAAGAGGCUUAAAGGUAUUGGCAUUGGUGCUCCUGAUGGUCCUAUUUCACUUGAUGAUGUCCGCAGCCUUCAGAGAUCCAACACGGAGCUUAGGCAGCAUUUGGAGUCACAUGUUCUCACUAUUGAAACGUUGCGUGGCGAAAGCCGGUCACUGAUGGCUCGUCAUGAAAAUGAGCUCAAAGAGCUGAAGGAAAUGGUGUCAAAUUCUUUCCUUGACCAAAUUAAGGAGCUACAGAGUGCGUUAGAUGAGAAGCAGAAAGAAAUAGGUUCUCUUAAUGCAUUAUCUGCUGAAUUACGAAGCUCAGUGAAGGAUCUUAACGAAAGACUUAGUGCAUCUAUGCAAUCACGUGUUGAUGCUGAUGAGAUUAUUCAGAGUCAGAAAGCAACUAUAUCUGAAAUUGAGGCUCGUUUAGAUGAAGAAAGAAAUCAGAGAAGGGGGGAGCGACAAAAGGCGGCGGCAGAUCUGAACUCUGCACUGAAGAGAGCUCAACUCGAGGCCCAAGAGGAAAUUAAGCGGCAGUCGGAGAUUCAUUUAAGACAACAUAAAGAACAGCAAGAAGUUAUCAAUAAGCUGGAGGAGUCUGAGAAAGAAAGUCGGUUGCUUGUAGAAACAUUAAGAUCAAAGCUGGAAGAUGCUAGGGAGAGCCUAGUUACGUCUGAAAAGAAAGUUAGACAACUAGAAAUUCAGGUGAAGGAUGAACAAGUCGCAUUAAUAAAUAGCCGGAAGAAAUCAGAAGCGCUGGAGUCUGAGUUGGAGAAACUGAGAAAGGAACUAGAAAGUGAAAAGGUGGCCAGGGAAGAAGCAUGGGCUAAAGUUUCAGCUCUUGAACUUGAGAUAGCUGCUGCAAUUCGUGAUCUUUCAAUUGAAAAGCAGAGGUUCCAAGGAGCCAGGGAAAGAAUAAUUCUGCGGGAGACCCAGCUGCGAGCAUUCUACUCCACAACCGAAGAAAUCUCUUCAUUGUUUGCAAAACAGCAGGAACAACUCAAGGCAAUGCAGAGAACUCUGGAGGAUGAGGAACACUAUGAGAAUGCAUCAAUUGACAUGUAUCUAAAAGAAGUAUCAACUGGAAAUAACAAUGCUGGUGGAAGAUAUGAGUGUAACGAUUCAAGAGCUUCUGGUGCUUUUACUCCAAAGAAUUCCCAAGCAAUGAGUGGCAGCUCUGCUGAUGAAGAAGUCAGCGCCACGGAGAAGCAUGAGUGCAGCCUCGGAAGCCAAGGUGGCAACACCCAAGACUUGGAAUGCAAUAGUGCUGAUAGGUCGGUUAAGGGGUUUGGAUCAGAUAUUGAUGGUGUUGGCACAGCUGUGGAUCCUGAGGGUGAUCCUACUGACACCGAACAAGUUCUGGGAACAGAGAGCCAAGCUGGCGAUCCUGCUUUGCAUAAAUGCAGCAACCUGGGAGGAGAGACCAUGCAGAUUGAUGAUGAUCCCCAAGUCCAAGAAAAGGUGGAACCUAAUGGCAACCACACUGGUAGACCUGAUGGUUGCUCACAGCAAGGACUACAGGAUACUGAAACUGGGACAAUAAGAACUGCUGAUCUUUUAGCAUCAGAAGCUGCUGGGAGCUGGGCUGUCAGCACCGCCCCUUCGGUCAACGGAGAGAAUGAAUCUCCGAGGAGCAUGGGGAAUGCUGAUGCUGUUGGUGAGGACAUAGCUGCUGUCGCCACUUUGCCGCUCUGCUCUGAUGGCUUUGCCGUGGGAAGUCAAAGUAAUGUUGGUCCAGGCAUAACUAAACUGAGCAAAGAAAACGAGGCACCUAAUGCCAUGAUCCAUAAAGCUCCACUUACCCGACUCGACGUUAGGCGGCUGUUUGAAUGUCGUCCAGACCUGUCUGAUGCAGAAACUGAGGGUAGCAACAACAGUGAUGCCGAUCAUGACAAUGGCCAUAGCAUCCAUGACGUGGAUAGCGAUACUGAUGGGACCGGAGAUGAUGAGAGGAUUGAUGACUCGGUUGGUUGAUCAUGUAGAUACCACAGGAAGGGCAGUGCUCUCUGCUGGUCCUCCACUAUAGAUGUGUAUACAAGUAGAAUGUUAGUUAGGAGGACUCUUAGUUUUCCCUAAUGGUAUGUAUGAUUUCAGCCGGUGCUUAAUGUACAGUGUUUGCUUCCUGUAAAUCAUAGUGUUUAACCCUGACUUGGAAGUACUUGAAUAUUUUUCCCUGUGAUUCUAUAGAGAAAUAUAAUAUUUUUGAGACA